AUGCAAGAGACAAUUCUUACAGCAGAGACCCUAGAAGAGGGUGACGCUAGUACUUUUGCUUUAACACCUUCUUCACAUAUGGGCGACGAGGAGUAUCAACAUCAUCACAAUAUUCCAUCAUCUUCAGUCACUUCCCCUUCCAUUACCACAUCAUCAUCCCGACCACCUACAGAUUUCGUGUCAUCCUCUACUGCAUUUCUUAAUGAUCCUCAUUCGCAACAUCAUCACAAUGCAGUUACAACACCAAAUACAGCAAUCACAGGAGAGGAACACAAACAUCAUCAUCACCACGAAGGCCUAACCGAAGAGGAACAACAUUUAUUUCAUUAUUUAGAUUCAGCAAUAACCACUCCACCAUCACAUCCAUCUUCCCAUCAUCAUCACCACCAAGAUGAAAAUUCUGGAGUGGUUUUAACACCUGGAAAUAGUAACGCUUCAAGCAGUAGGGCAAGUGAUGGAUCUGUUGGUGUGGAUCAUCAUACCGUAACGAGAUCAAUCAAUCUUCAACAGCCACAACAUCAACAGCCCCUUUCAUCUUCCUCACAUGCUUUUUCCAUGGAGGAACGAGAAGGUUUAUUGAAACGAAUUUCGGAAUUAGAGGAUCACAUCCGACAGUUAGAGGAGCAGCUCAAACAAAAAGAUGAAACGAUCAAAAACUUUUUCAUUACACAACAACAAUCCUACUUGCUUUAUCAGCAACAAAUGGCUCAGUAUUAUCCUCAUCCAGGUACAACCCAUGCUACAACUCCUGGCAGCACUCCUCCUCAUCUUUUAAAUCCUUCUUCUAGUACCGCUACACAUUCCCCUGUUUUUCCCAAUUUUGCAAAUCCAAUCACCAUUCCACCUCCUCAUUUCUCUUCCCCUAAUGCAUCUUUAUUGACAAAUGCUUCUUCAUCCAUAACUUCUCCAGCUGCUAUAACUAGCUCUGUUACAUCUCCGACACCCUUAAAAGGUGGUAUAUCUUCGACUACUACGGCAAUGACUACAGGUCAUUUACUUCAACCCUCCAUGGUACCAUCCAUGCCAAAUGGUCCGAAGAAGAAAAAGAAGAAAAAGGCAACCACAUCAUCUGGUGACAUCACAACUUCUAAUAAUCAAGCAUCAUCUUCAGUGGUGACAACACCUUCAGCAACUCCUUCGAUCACUUCACCUUCAAUGGUGUCAUCCCCACAGAACAUCAACGCUAAGAAACAAACGAGUAAUGAAAGCAGUGGAGAGAAGAAACGAAAAUUGACAGAGAGUGAGGAGGAAGAAACGGACACAGAUGGAGAAGAAGAAGUAGUUAUUUCAUCCGGCAGUGCCAUACCAACCACUCCAACAAACAACUCAUCUGUAACAACAUCUUCCAAUAGCAAUUUAACCUCUCCAAUGAGUAGCAGUACAUCCGCUUCCAACCUUGCUCCAAAACCUAAGGCCACUUUGUUACCUCCACAACCUUUAAAACAACUCCCUAAAUUACCCCCUAGAGCUAUUUCCCAUAUUCCACCUCCUAUGACACCACUGGACCCUUUUGCUAUGCAAAUGCAUACGGCAGGCGCCUUUGGGUUCCCUCACCACAAUGUUGCUUUGGAUCAUAAUAUUAAUCCUUUAAUGAUGGAUCCUCUUCUCCAUCAUCAUCAUUUUCAGGCUGGUAUUCCAAUUCAUCCAUCUCCCUCUUCUCCAAAUACAGUAUUUUCUGCAGUUGGAGAAACAUCAACAGGUACAGGCCGAAGAAAAGGAAAAAAAUCUGAUGGAGCUAUUGACAGCAUUAUUGGAGUUGAUAAUAUUGAGCUUGCCAAUCCUGUGCAUGUUGAAACAGAAAUUAGAAAAUUAUUUACAAAAGUUAAUAGUGGAGGAAAGAAAGGAGUACUCGCUGUACAUGCAGGCGAUGGUCUUGAGAUGGUCAUGGAUAAAGUCAAAAAUACCCUUGAGCAGGUUGAGGUUCUAAAAUCAAGAGCUGUUACAGAAUUCGAUGAGAAAAGAGAACCUAGAGCCACCCAUUGUAUAAACACAGCGGUUAGCUUUCUAUAUGCCAUUACUAGAGGAGUGGCGAGUGGGCUUCUGCAACUACUAGAUUCCAGCAUUGCUCAACUACUCGACGGUACUCGAGAAAAUUGGGGAAUUGAAAUUGCUAAUUUGCUUGAAAAAACCUGGAACGAGAUUUUUAAGGUAAUUUUCGUAGAAUCAGAACAAUCAGCCUACACUCCCUUGGGAUCAUUACUUGACUUGCACCUCAUGCAAAAAUGUCUGGAAGAGCUUCAAGCACUCGGAAAAUCACUAUCAUAUUUUAAAUUUGAGCAUCUUACUAGAGUAUUUAACACCAUGUUCAAUUUCAUGAAAAAGAACAAUAGCAUUGAAUGGUAUUUGGCAUUUUGCUUACAAAUUAGAUACUACAGAGAAUACUGCUCAAAGAUGAUCGAGCUUGAAAAGUACGAAGAAUGUUUCGACAAUAUUGUAAAUAGAAUUUUGACAGGUAACAGCUAUGCUUUGAGAACAGGAGAUUAUAGAGAUGAAGACAAAACAUAUCUAGUAGAAUACGCUGUUACAUGCAUGACUAAAGUUUAUGAUAAAUGUGUAAAGACUAUCAAGCAAGAAUAUGCCGAAAAUCAUAUCGAAGAAACAAUGCCAGUCAAUUUGGUAAACACCCAAUAUGCUGAUAUGAUGGACAGAUUUAUGGGAAAUUGCGUGAACAUCCAAAAAAUAGUACUCUAUCCUCGAGAGUUACUUCCACUCCUUAAAUUUUUACUUAAAGUCUUCCCUAGCGACGAAGCAUUUACUCCCAAUGGUGGUCUAGGCGCUACAAAUCAAGACAUUAGACAUUUAACAUUUAUUGCUGACUUAUUAUUUAUCAUGGGAAGAUUUAUUGUUGAGCUUGACGAGUACAAUGGAAAGAUUGACACUGUUCAAUCUGUUGCAAGAAAAAUCGUUUUGGAGAGUACCAAUACAUUACUGGAGAAAUUACUAAAGAUCAAACGUGAAGGAAGUGAUACCAACCUUAAAGAUAUUAUUGAACAUAACGAUCUCUUCAAAAGAAGUAUUGCUCAGAUUUGUGAACAUGCAGUUUGGAUUCCAAUUCACCAAGAAGAAAAAGAUUACACUUGGAAGCAGCUUAACGAUUAUAACGAAACUCUUCAAAUCAAGCAAGAUGAGUCUACUGCAAGGCUCAGAGAUGCACUAUUGGACAAGCUCUAUUACUUGCUACCUGGAAUCUCCAACUAUCUAAGAUCUAUAAUUGAAAAUUUAAAUUUUGCUCUUAAUUACAAGAUUGAAAAUCGUAACAAUACGAGCUAUGAGCAAUUUUUCAACGUGAUGAAAAAGAUUGGAACACAUUACUUUAAAAGUCAACGUGACGCUCAAUGGGAAGAAUUGCUUGCUAAAGUUAAUUUCAUUCACUCAAGAAAAGUCAAACUGAAAAAGAUGCUCAAGAAAUGGCAUGAAGAAGAAGUUAAAAACAAGAAGGAGACAGGAUACAAUUGGUACGACAAACUUCUCGAUGAUCAACCACCUCCAAUAUAUCAAGAGCCUGAGAGAGACAUUUCUCGCAGCAACAAUGGAGAUGCAGCAACCAAAGACUCUAACGAUGUUAUUCACCCAUCUUCAACCAAAGGACAAGUGACUCAUCAGGCCUUAAAGAAGAGAAAAGUGAACCCAUCUUCAGUCACACAAACAGCAACCACGCCUGUUCCUCCAUCUUCUUCAGCCAUCAUGCAUGAUGAAAACGAUGAGGCCACCGAUGAAGACGAUGAGGAAUAA